AUGCCGACGUCACAGCAGUCUCCACAGCAGGUGUCUGGCGGCGUUGACAUGUACGUCAUGGACCCAAACACGGCCAGUGUAGCUCUAGGAGGCCCAGAGGCCAUUGUAGCUCCUGGAGAUCCUUCACUAACCAACAUCGUGCCUAACGGACCAGAACCCCUACCCGCUCCAGCUAUAGUACCCACCCAACUGACAAACCCUAGCGCACCACAGCCAACAUACAUAGAUCCCGUCAUUAAUGAUCCUGUCCCCCAAACAAACCCAGUCCCCAAUGUAGCUCCCGUAGACCCCUCGACUGCAUAUGGAAAUCUUCCCGUAGAUCCCAUCCAGAAUACAGUAACUAACCUUGACCCUACUGCUGCGGCACCGAUAGGGGUUGACGGUACUGCUAAACCUUUUACUCCUACAGUUGUUGGCCAGGAACCACCACCCCCUUCAGGGUCAGCCCCUGUUGGUACAGGAACAGAUCCCGCAUCCAUCCCACCACCUGAUAUAAUUCAGCAGGGGUCCGCUGCCCCAUCACAACCUUCAGGAAACAGUCUUCUGUCCUUAGGUACGUUUACUUGUACAGCUUAA